AUGACAUCUCAGAUAGCACUGGCUGUGACACUCUCCCUUCUAAUUCUCCUGACUGUCAGUGGGAAUAUUUUGGUUUGUCUGGCUGUGUACGCAACGAAACGCCUGCGUAACGUCACCAACUGCUUCAUUGUGUCGCUAGCAGUUACAGACUUUCUCCUGGGUGCCCUCGUGCUGCCAUUUUCAACCCUCUACCAAGUUACAGGUGAUUGGCCACUAGGUCCGCACUUCUGCAACAUCUACGUCUCGUUGGACGUCAUGCUAUGCACCGCCUCCAUCCUCAAUCUCUUCGCCAUUAGCUUGGACCGCUACUUCGCAGUCACCGCCCCACUGCACUACCCAAUGCUGGUGCUUCCGUGGCGCGUCGGUGCGAUAUUAGCGGCAAUCUGGCUAGUCUCAGUGGGCGUGUCAUUUGUACCCAUUCAUCUGGGUUGGAAUACAAGAGAUUUGAGCGUACAAAAUAUACGAGAGAGCGACCCUGCACGAGACUGCCGCUUUGAGCUAAACCCAACAUACGCGGUGGUCGACGCCUUUGCAACGUUUUACCUUCCCCUGCUGGCCAUGUGCUGGAGUUACCACAGAGUAUUUCGCAUCGCACGGACACAGGCUAAAAGUAUCAUGUCUACGCAACGGGGACCAACUAUAUCAUCGUCAUCGACAGGGCUGACUAUGCUAGCACUGCGUGAGCACAAAGCUACGGUGACACUAGCGGUAGUGCUUGGCGCUUUUUUGGUGUGCUGGUUCCCGUAUUUUACAUUUUUCACCGUGAUGGGGAUACGAAAUGAAGAGAACCCGCCGCGUACCAUGCAAUCAGUGGUGCUUUGGCUAGGGUACGCGAACUCUGCGGUAAACCCUGUACUUUAUGCUACACUCAACAGAGACUUCAGAUCAGCUUACAUCAAGCUGCUUUGUAGACGACGAUGCUGUAAAACAGGGACAAGAAUAUCUGUUGUGAAAUUGGAGGAGGAGCUAACGAAUAGACAUACCCCUCCUUUGAACAGGGCGGGGCUUCAGUCUAGAACUUGUGUGCUGCUACAAGAGAUAGAAAACGGGAAAAUAGUAGAUUGCAACGCAACGACUGGUGCUACGGUUACUAACAUAGUCAAUGCUAAUAAAAGGCCAUAAUUUUGUCAUUAGGCACAACAACGCCACCUACUUGAAAAUACCUCCAUAAGUGACCAGCAAUUCCAAUGAGAUCAACAACCCACAUUCAGGAGACAUAAUCCGAAUCUGACCUGAUAAAUCUGUGGUAUAAAAAAUAAAUAUUGAUAUUUUAUUUAUUUAUUUAUUUAUUUAUUUUUUACAACUGAUACAUACUAUUUUUAUGUUUAUAAAACCUGAUGAUGCAACUGUGAC